GAAAUCCGCCAUAUUUUUCUUAUAGCGAGUCGCCCUUUGCUAUUAGGGUAGUGUGAAUUUUUAUCGUAAUUUGUUAAAUAAUGAUUUUAUAACUUAGUAAUCAUUAUAUUUAGUAUUAGUAGUUAGUGCAAUAUUUGUGAAAUAAUAAAAUUGUCGCCUAGAGGUGACUGAUGUGGUACAAUUUUGGUUUCCUGUUUCGGUUCCCCAAUCUAUUCUAAACAGAAAAUGGCCGUCGGUGUUGGUGCGGGUGUCUCCUUUGUUUAGACUGAAUUCUAGUGAAAAUAAGAAACAAAAGAAAUAAUGCCUAGUGCCUCGUUUUCUUCUUCGCGUUCUUACGUACGUAGAUCGCGAAGAAAAGGUGGACAUCGGAUACCAUUGCCUUCCAGGACCCAAUCGAGUGAGCCAUGUGAAUCAGUGCCGUGUCCUAAUAACGUGACAGGGAGCGCAAUGGCGGCCACAGCCUGCGCGGGGCCGAGCGGCAGCGGCGGCGGCGGGUCCCCGCCGGUGCCGGCCGCGGCCGCCGCCACCACCGCCGGCCACCACAGCCCGUACGACCUGCGCCGCAAGUCGCCGCCCGCCUACCACGAGCCGGGGCCCUCGGGCGCCUGCUCCUUGCCAGCUCGCAAGAGACCCAGGACAUCUCUGUCCCAGGGUGUGGACGUGUGCAACGUGUCGCAGUACUUGCAGUACGAGCUGCCCGAUGAAGUGUUGCUGUGCAUCCUGUCGCACCUCACCGAGCGCGACCUGUGCCGCGUCGCGCAGGUGUGCAAGCGGUUCAACACUAUCGCCAACGACACCGAGCUGUGGAAAAGCCUGUACCAGUCGGUGUUCGAGUACGACACACCCCUGAUGCACCCCGCUCCGUGCCAGUUUGAAUUCGUGGCGGCCGACGAGUGCGACGCCGACAACCCGUGGAAGGAGAGCUUCCGCCAGCUCUACUACGGCAUCCACGUGCGUCCCAACUUCCGUCCCAAGAAGGAUUCGCGGAUCAAACACUUCAACACGAUCAGGGCGUCUCUGGAGUACGUGGAGGAGCGAGCCGGCAGCAGCGCGGCUGGCAGCAGCAGCGCGGGCGGCAGCAGCAGCGGCGGCAGCAGCAGCAGCACCGCGUCGGGCGGCAGUUCUGCGUGCUCGUGCGCGUGCGGUGCGGGCGCGUGCUCGUGCCGCCGCGCGCCCGCCGCCGCCGCGGCUCAGCCCGCGCUCGUGUUCGUACACGCCGGCCUGUACCAGGAGGAGUGCCUCGCCAUCGACACUGAUGUGCAGCUCAUUGGUUGUGCCCCGGGCAACGUGGCCGAGUCCGUCGUACUGGAACGCGAGGCGGAGUCGACGCUCACGUUCGCGGAGGGCGCCAACCGCGCGUACGCAGGUCACAUGACGCUGAAGUUUUCCCCUGAUGCGACCAGCACCAUGCAGCACCACAAACAUUACUGCCUCGAGGUGUCCGACAACUGCUCGCCCACCGUCGACCAUUGUAUCAUUCGGAGCGCUAGUGUCGUGGGUGCGGCGGUGUGCGUGAGCGGCGCGGGCGCCAACCCCGUGAUCAAGCACUGCGACAUCAGCGACUGCGAGAACGUCGGCCUGUACGUGACGGACUACGCGCAGGGCGCCUACCAGGACAACGAGAUCUCGCGCAACGCGCUCGCCGGCAUCUGGGUCAAGAACUUCGCCAACCCCAUCAUGCGCCGCAACCACAUCCACCACGGCCGCGACGUCGGCAUCUUCACCUUUGAGAAUGGAUUGGGCUACUUUGAAGCCAACGACAUUCACAACAACAGAAUCGCGGGCUUCGAAGUGAAGGCCGGCGCCAACCCCACCGUAGUGCACUGCGAGAUCCACCACGGACAGACCGGCGGCAUAUACGUGCACGAGUCCGGCCUCGGCCAGUUCAUAGACAAUAAGAUACACUCGAACAACUUCGCGGGCGUGUGGAUCACGUCCAACAGCAACCCCACCAUACGGCGCAACGAGAUCUACAACGGCCACCAGGGCGGCGUGUACAUAUUCGGCGAAGGCCGCGGACUUAUUGAGCACAAUAAUAUAUAUGGCAACGCUUUAGCCGGCAUACAGAUACGCACAAACAGUGACCCGAUAGUGAGGCACAACAAGAUCCACCACGGGCAGCACGGCGGCAUCUACGUGCACGAGAAGGGGCAGGGCCUCAUCGAGGAGAACGAGGUGUACGCCAACACGCUGGCCGGCGUGUGGAUCACCACCGGCUCCACGCCCGUGCUGCGGCGCAAUCGCAUCCACUCGGGCAAGCAGGUCGGCGUAUACUUUUACGAUAACGGGCACGGCAAACUAGAAGACAAUGACAUAUUCAACCACCUAUACUCUGGAGUACAAAUUAGGACGGGCAGCAACCCCGUCAUCCGCGGCAACAAGAUAUGGGGCGGACAGAAUGGUGGCGUUCUAGUCUACAACGGGGGGCUCGGGUUGUUGGAGCAGAAUGAGAUCUUCGACAACGCCAUGGCCGGUGUAUGGAUAAAGACUGAUUCAAAUCCCACGCUCAAGAGGAAUAAGAUUUUUGAUGGGCGUGAUGGUGGCAUCUGUAUUUUUAAUGGCGGCAAGGGAGUGCUGGAAGAGAACGACAUAUUUCGCAACGCACAAGCGGGCGUGCUGAUCUCGACGCAGAGCCAUCCGGUGCUGCGACGCAACCGCAUCUUCGACGGGCUCGCGGCCGGCGUCGAGAUCACCAACAACGCCACGGCGACGUUGGAACACAAUCAGAUAUUCAACAAUAGAUUUGGAGGUCUGUGCCUAGCGUCGGGCGUGUCGCCGCUGGUGCGGGGCAACAAGAUAUUCAGCAAUCAAGACGCUGUCGAGAAGGCGGUCGGCGGCGGCCAGUGCCUGUACAAGAUCUCCUCAUACACGUCCUUCCCUAUGCAUGAUUUCUACAGGUGCCAGACGUGCAACACGACAGAUCGUAACGCCAUUUGUGUCAAUUGCAUCAAAACCUGCCACUCUGGUCACGAUGUGGAAUUUAUUCGCCACGACAGAUUUUUCUGCGACUGCGGCGCGGGCACGCUGUCGAACCAGUGCCAGCUGCAGGGCGAGCCCACGCAGGACACGGACACGCUGUACGACUCCGCCGCGCCCAUGGAGUCGCACACGCUCAUGGUCAACUGAGCCGUCGGCACCAUAUCCUCGCACUACCCUAUGUGCCGCGGUGUAACUAAUGCAGCAUGCUCUCUAUAAGGCCCCGUACACACACGCAAAUAUUUACGACAUGUUCGCCAAAUAAUGUAUCAUAUUUUUUUUUUUUUUACAAAUCCUGCCAUAUUACGACAUGUUUGCCAAUCAUACAAUUAAUCCGUUUUAGAAUUUUAACUAUCGUUUUAAUUAUGAAACACGGCUAAAACUCACAACAACAAUGUUGGUGUAUGCCCGACUAGUUUUGAACCCAUACAGUACUAGUCGGGCAUACUCUGAUUUUUUAUCACGUGAGUUUCAGCCGUAUUUCCAUAAUAAAUGAAUUCAAUUAAUCGUGUAUUUUUACAAGAAAUUGCAAUACAAUGUGUAACUCUUAUUUUAGUUUUACAUCCUGACAGUUAAAUGCAAAAAGAACCUGUUUUGAUACUUCACAUCUUGUUUCUUAUAUAACGCGAAUAUUUCUUAAUUCUUAUACAUCAUAAGAAUUUCGUUGCCAAAAAUUUUUUUUUUUAAUUGCUAUUUCUUGUAAAUGUACAAAUGGAAAUUAUGACAUUUUGUUGAAUAGAUUUGAUAUUUUAGUAAACUGUCCAAUAAUUAAUUUAUUUGAAAUCAUGUAUAUUUACUGUAUGUCAUAUUGAUGUGGCAGAUAUCAAUAAUGUUGACCUCACUAUCUGCCGUUUGUAUGUGAAUCGAGUAUAGUCAAUCUUCAACCAAGAAAUAUGUAAUUUCACAAAAACUUCAAGAUUGCGUCCAGAUUAAAAAACUAGCAUUCUGUAAUUUUACUAACACUUGCGUGAGUUUUUAGACUUGUUUCUGUUUUGGCUUCCACAUAGUCUGGACGCAGCCUUAGAAAUCAUUAAAAUGUGAUGGGGUGAACGAAUCCUAUAAAAUGAGAUUUUAUAAAUGUCUCAUUUAGAUGAAUGAUAAAAGUAAAUCCUGUAAAAUGAGAUUUUAUAAAUGGCUCAUUUAGAUGAAUGAUAAAAGUAGUUGCAUUAGUUACACUAGUAUCCGCUGGUCGAAAGCCCAACAGCCUACUCUAGCAACUAUUUUUAUUACCUAAAACUUUGCAUUGUACAUUCACGUAAGUCGCUGAUAUAUGUUGUAUUGUAACAUUUAAUCUGUUCAAUUAUGUAUUUUAUCGAUGUACUUUAUAUAGGACGACGAGACAAAUACGCUAUUUGUAUAUGUAGGGGGCGUUUUUAUAUCAUCGGUACUUAAAUAAUGUAUUUCGUUGUGUAGAAUCAUGCAUUCCCAAAUUGUAAUCACCCCACUCUCGGUGUCACAUUUAUGUAUUUAGAGUGUAAUAUUUGUUUUUAUAUGAUAAUAACUGAAUAGCGACUAUUUCGUGACGUCUACUAUAUAAUCAUGGAGAUGUCGUUUUUUAUUUAUCAAUUGUGAAUUGUGAAAGAAGUCAAUAUAUAAGUUACGUGAUCGUUCCGAGCAGCGGCUGUCACAGUCAGGUUAGCUAAUUGUAUUAUAAAUAACCAUAAGUAUUUUUUAACUAUUUGACUAUUCGAUUUAGUUUUUUUUUUUUUUUUAUAUAGGAGCAUCUUAUUAUUUAGCUCUCCUGAUGGGGGUCGGUCGUUCGCGAUUUCUCGUUUUAGUUAAUAAAGAUAUUUGUACCAGUUCGUUUAGCGUUGGGAGCUGUUUUGGCGCUCCUGCAGCGCUUUGUAAAUAUUUGUCUCACAAUAAUCGAAGGAAACGUAGCAAUUAAUGUAUUUGUAUCAUUAUAUUUUUAUUAUUGAUCACAACAUGUAUGUUUAACUAUUAUGGAGUACGUACGUUAUGGUCGAGACGGGCGCCCGAGCGGCGCCUUCGUCGUGUAUAAAAAAAAAUGCAAUUUGAGAACGAAUGUGCAUACUUUAAUUGGAAGAGAUCUUAGGUACAAUUGAUAUUUUAUUAUAUUGUUAAUUUAAAUGUGGUAUUGAUAUCGAUCGACACGCAAUGUUCGAGCCGGACUUCGGUCGCAGGUAGCGUUAAGUUAGCCGUUAAGCUGUAAUGAAAAAAAAAUCUAAAUUACUCAGUAAUAUCACUAUUGCAAUUAUCGAAUUGUUGAAUCGUCUCCAUAGCACGGUAUGUUCUGUGUCUGCUUUUUUUAUAAUCCUCAAUCUGUGAUCAUCGCUAAUUACAUUUUAAGAGAAGUAAUUUAGUUCUCCGCGUACAGUUGUAUGAGAAUUUAUUGUAACAUCAGAAAUUAUCGUGGCGCCAACGCUUUUAUAUAAUUGAAAUAAAUGUGAAAUUGUUAUUUAUUGAAUUGUCAGUAUGUUUAAUUUAUUGAAUCUGGAUAAUAUUUUCUUUAUAUACCUGAGAAUACCACUGUAAAAGCCGUGAUAUACAUCAUAUAAUAUUAUAA